CAUUUAGUUAUACAUUUAAACGAGGCAUAUAACCAGUGUCGCUAGAAAGAAGGGGGGGGGUGGUGGUGGUCGCAAGGAACAGUUUGUCCCGGGUGGCAGAUAUCUAAUUGGCGCCGAAUGAAAUUCAAGUUUUUAUAACAUUUCCUAAAAAAAGAUUCGCAGCCGAAGAAAACCUGACAUGUUGUUGUCCAUAUAGUUAAAAGAUGUGGUGGUUUAUUUUAAUUUUUAAUGAAGUUGUACAUACUACAGUGGAAAACAAUAAUAAUAACUAUGAUGCUUGUGCAGUUGGCUGGGUAUAUAAUGAAAAUAAAUGCUACAAAUUUAACAGUAUGACAAAUAAUUAUCUUGGUGAAAAUUGGAAUAAAUCUUUAUUAUUAUGUCAAAGUGUUGGAGGAGAUUUGUUAAGCAUAGCUGACGAAACAGAAAAUUCAUUCAUUGUUGAUCAGAUUAGAAAUAGGAUUAUAAAAUGGCAGCGUUACUGGAUUGGUCUUAAUGAUAUUAAAAAAGAAAACACGUUUCUGUGGUCUGAUAAUACAACUUCACAGUUUACUAGCUGGAAAAAUGGUAACCCUAACAAUCAAAGUAACAAAGACUGUGUAGUAAUAACAGAUGGAGGUUGGGAAGAUGUUUCUUGUGAUAGUCUUUUUGGAUUUAUUUGCAAAAUAAAUAACGAAAGUGGUGUUUGUGAUGUUGGUUGGUUACAAAAUGGAAGCUAUUGUUACCUAUUCUACAGCGUAAAUGACACAUUUAUUGGGAAAAGUUGGAAUGAUUCUCUUUCAAUAUGCUUAAGCUUUGGAGGAAAUUUGUUAAGUAUUGAAAAUAAAACAGAAAAUGAGUUCAUAGUAGAAAAAAUUAUUCAAUAUGUAAAACAAUGGAAAAAUUACUGGAUUGGAUAUAAUGGUUUCCGAGCAGAAAGCAUUUUGAAAUGGUCUGAUAAAACUAUUUCACAGUUUACUAAUUGGAAUGAUGAAAUACCAAAAAACCAGAAUUAUAAAGGCUGUGUGGUAACAACCAAUGAUGGUUGGAAUGUUACUUUUUGCAACAGUCUCUUUGGCUUUAUAUGUAAAUUUAAAAAAGAAUUGAACUCAAUAUACAUCUUCGAAACACAAAGAAGUAUGCCUUACUGCUCUCCAAUAUACGUGGAUAUAACUACUCAAAACUAUACUUUUCCAUUAUUUUUUGAAAUAGUAAAAGGGUUAAAUGAAAAAGCAUCUACUGUGUCAUUUAAAUCAUUAACAGAAAACUUAUAUCUUCGCCAUAAAAAUUAUUAUUUAUACUUACAUCCAAAUGAUGCUCGAAUGUAUGAAGAUGCAUCAUUUAUAUUGUUUGAGAAUAAAAACUUUGAAAACUUCACAUCAAUUUACGCUUCUAAUUAUCCAGCCUACUAUAUUACUUGUGAUGGUUAUUCUUCACGAAUUAUACAGGAAACAAAUACUUAUGAUCAAGACUUCAAAAAUCGGUCAAGUUUUAAAAUAUCAAGUAUUUGGAGUGACUGGAGUGAUUGGUCAUAUUGUAAUUUUUUUAAUGGGGCGAAUUGGAGAAAUAGAACUAGAACAUGCAAAUACUAUAACUGUCCUGGUAAUAAUACAGAGAUUCAACAGUGCAACAAGAAAUAUGAUGCUCAAUGGACAGAUUGGAAUCAUAAUUGUAAAAGCAUAUACCAGACAAAGUUUAUUGAUCAUGAAUUAAUGAUUUGUCAAAGUCAAGAAAUUUUAACUUAUUCAAGUGGUUGGACAAAUUGCAGUUCUUUAUGUAGUUAUAAGGUUACAAAUAAAACAAGAGAGUAUUGUAACUUUCCAGCCUGCAAAGAAUAUGACAAUAAUAUUAAUGCAACACCGUGUUUUAAUAAUAAUUUUUGUGGAGAUUCUUUCUUCUUGUUUAACAAGUUGAGGCUACCUAAUGAUAGUUUGAAUUCAAUCUUAUAUGUUUUCUUUGAAGAGUUUCAAAUUACAUUUGAUUUUUAUAUCAAUAAAACUAUCACUGAAGGAGAAGUUUUAGUGUUACAAGAUGAGUCAUCUAAAUGCCUAAUUGAUGUUGCUGUUUUUAAAAGUACUCAAAGUUUAAAAAUUACAACAGACAGUAUAAUUUUUAACUCAUUAGAUAGUUCUAGCAAACCUUUCACUCUGGAAAUGAAUACGAAGAUUUCUAUUAAAAUUAUUCAGCAAUUUAUCAAUGCGAAUUAUUACUUCAACAUAAGUGUUAAUGAAACUGUUAUAUUUUCUGUUAUCAAUACACAACCAAAAGUUUGCUAUAAUUUUAGUCUUUAUAUAUGUCCAACGAGUUUUCCUUGUUCAUCCGGCACAAUUAUGAACUUAAGCAUUAUUAGUAAAACACAAGUAUUCUGGUUACCAUGGAGUGAAUGGUCAAAUUGCAAUGCAUCUUGUGUACAAAAUAGAACACGCAUUUGUAUCAAUAAUCAAUGGCUGAAUUGUUUUGGAAACAGUAUCGAGAUAAAGUUUUGUGACAAUAUAUGUCAAGUAACAACGUCAAUUGCAACUUCACUAGCUUAUCAACCAACUUCAUUGUUAACAUCUCAAAAAUUACUGAACCCUAUUACUUCUACCGCAUUAAUUCUUACAACUUUAGAAAGCAACACUGCUUUUGAAGUAGUAGCAAUGUCAACUGCGAUUUCACUAGCUUAUCAACCAACUAAAUCUUUAGCAUCUCAAAAAUCAAUAAGUUCUGUUGCUUCUACUGUGCUAAUUCCUACAACUUUAGAAGUAAGCAACACUACUCUCAUAGUAUGGUCGUCAUGGAGUGAAUGCUCUGUAACAUGUGGAGAAGGUAAUGAAACUAGCCAUUCUGUAACAAAUGAUGCAGUAAGGUUUAAAAGUUGCAAUGUUAUGAACUGUCCAGUUAAUGGGAUGUGGAGCAAUUGGGUAAAUUCUGAUUGUUCAAAAUCAUGUGGUGGUGGCAUUAUAGUAUUUAACAGAAGUUGUAACAAUCCACUUCCUUCAUAUAAUGGUAAAAAUUGCAUGGGUAUGAGCUAUUACACUAAAGACUGUUCUAAUGAAAUCGUCUGCCCAGUUAAUGGUAAUUGGUCAGAAUGGUCUUUUUGGUCUUUAUGCAAUCAACCAUGUAAUGGUGGUACAACAACUAGAUCUCGCGAUUGUUCUAAUCCUACUCCACAGUAUGGGGGCAUGUUCUGUUAUGGAAACAGUACUCAAGUAAAUACCUGCCCUUGGAAAAGUUGCAAAAUUGUGGAGCUAAAUUCAGUCAUUUCUUUUGUUAAUGAAGUUUACGUUCCUCAUUAUUCUGAUUUGGCUUCAGAUCCUUCUUUAGCCCUUAACAAGAAAAUUCAUAAGGCGAUUGCCAACAUUUACAAAAUGCUUAACAAGAAUAUAUCGUUUAACAUUGUGGUUCAUUCUGUAAAAAACAUGGAUCCUUAACGCAAUCCGUAAAUCGUGAAGAUUCAAAGAAAUGUUUCCUUAAAAACAAAGAAUAAAUUCUUAAAUUAGGCUGGUGGAAUUUUUUAAUAGACAUUUUUGGAAUUCUGCAGUUUUCAAUUAGUUUUUUAUUUACUUUGGCCCUUAUAGGUUAACUGUAUUAGUAAUUUUUUCGAACGUUUAAUUUAUAAUUUUUAUAAUAACGUACGUUUAAAUA